GCCUGUUUCGACGAGGCCGUUUCUAGCCGUCUCAAGGCUUGACAAUGGACCUCCCUACAUACAAUGACCAGCAGGGACCGUCUGCUAGCCGUCCAUCUGGCUCGAUAUCCCACCGUGUCUCCAUAAUAUUCAGGCGACUGCACCGGUUCCAGCAGAUGGACUUCGAGCUGGCUGCCUGGCAGCUCACAUACCUGUGUCUAGCACCCCGGAGAGUGUACCGGAAUGUAUACUUUCACAAACGUACGCAUUCAAUACCUGUUUCUGCUGUAGCAUGGGCUGUCAUAUACUCUUACACCAUUCUCGAAGCCAUUCAAUUAGCUUUUCUUAUGAUAGCCCGGGAUUAUCUGUUGACUGGCGUUGUAAUAGCCACGUUACUUUGGUUCACGUCUAAUCGACUAUUACUGUCUCCACCUUCGCAUUCGACACCGGCAGAUUCCUUCGUCGAGUGGGCCUACGCAUUUGACGUCCAUACGAAUGCUUUUUUCCCGUUGUAUCUUGCGCUCUACCUUGCUCAGCUGUUUCUACUUCCUAUCGUUCUCAAAGAUAAUUGGGUGUGCCUCUGGGUUGGCAACACGCUCUACCUUGCUGCUUUUGCGCAGUACACCUAUGGGAUAUACCUCGGACUUAAUGGUUCGUUACGAAUAUUGCGCUGCUGUGUGUGCGAAUUUCUCACAUUCGGUUCCACAGCGUUACCCUUCCUGGUUCGGUCCGAGCUUCUCCUGUCCCCGUUAUUACCGUUAUUCACAGCGUACAUAAUAUCCCUGCUUGGAUUCAAUGUCGCUAAGCACGUCCUAGCGAUAUAUUUCGGGUCGUAGAAUGAACUGUAGAUACAAUAAUUUAUACACAGUUUGCUGAGCAAUGGAGGUGCACACGAUAGAUGUUAAACGCUGUAA